AUGCCGCGAGAUCCUCUAAUCGGCCUUGUCGGCAAACCCUCUGCUGGAAAGAGCACGACGCUGAACAGCUUAACCGAUGCGACGUCCAAAGUUGGAAACUAUCCUUUCACCACCAUUGAUCCUCAACGAGCUGUCGGAUACCUCCAAAUAACAUGCGCUUGCGAGCGCUUCGGCGUACAGGAUAAAUGCAAGCCCAACUACGGAUCGUGUGUCGGUGGCCGUCGCUCUGUGCCCAUAGAACUCCUCGACGUUGCGGGACUUGUUCCCGGCGCACAUCAGGGUAAAGGUCUAGGCAAUAAGUUUUUGGAUGAUCUCCGGCACGCGGAUGCGCUGAUCCACGUCGUGGACGCGAGCGGAAGGACCAAUGCGGAGGGCGAGAACACGCGAGGCUACGAUCCUUCUCAGGAUAUAGCUUGGCUGCGUGGUGAGAUCGUGGCCUGGAUUAAGGGGAACCUCUGGGAGAAAUGGGGUUCUAUAAAGAGGCGUCAUGUCGCAGUUAAGGCCACCGCUGUCGAAACCUUGCAGGGACAAUUCUCGGGUUAUGGAAGCACAGCUGCAGUGGUAGCCCGGACAUUAGAUCGCAUGGGCCUGAAGGAGCCGCUAGAGAACUGGAGCGAGGAGACGGUAGACCGUGUCGUCAGCGCAUUUACGGACGAGAAGUUCCCGACCGUAAUCGCGUUAAAUAAGAUCGACGACUCCGACGCUUACACGAACCUCAUGAAGAUCACCAAGAUGCAAGACCCUAACAUGGUAGUAGCAUGUUCGGCAAAGGCCGAGCUGUUCCUACGGAAAAUGGCCAAGCAAGGGUAUAUAAGAUAUACAGAAGGAACCGAGUUCGUCGACACGCGCGAAGACUUGAUCGCGGACGGUGAUCCGGACGGCGGGGGUUUAAAGGAGUUGGACGAGAAGAAUAAGAAUACCAUCGAGGAGUACAGAGAUAUGAUCUUAUUCCGAUAUGGAUCCACCGGUGUCGUCCAAGUACUAUCGAAAGCGGCCGAGAUACUGGGUCUCGUGCCAGUCUUCCCCGUGCGAAACAUAUCAACAUUCAGCUCUGGAUCAGACACAAAACACGCAUUCAGAGAUUGCGUGCUGGUGAAGAAGAAUACGACCGUGGGUGAUGUCGCCAAGAAGGUGAUGGGUGAUGCGCCAAUUGCCUACGUGGAAGGAGUGGGAGGCGUGCGAGUUUCGGAAGAUGCCGUUGUGUCAGUAGGCAAAAACGACGUCCUAUCAUUCAAGAUAGGUCGAGCGUAA